AUGGCCAAACCACCGCACUCGCCAAUUGUGCGGCGAAUCACACAAUCCCUAUAUCCUCCUCGCCCCGCCCGCAUCGCACCGGUACAGCCCUCCGCUUUAUGCCAUGGCGGCGCAUCUUCACGACCCUUCCACACCACCCCGAUCCGAUCAGGAGUUCGUCGAUCACCGGGCCUCCGAAGAGCCGAGUCGAAAAAUGUCCCGGGUGGUCUCGUCCUACCGCACACAACCGGACGUGGGCAGCGCGUCGACCGAGACGGUUUCUGGUGGGCCAGGCUCCGAUUCGAUUUGGGCCUCUGUCUCAGACAAUUCGACGAGUCUGCAAAUACUCUUUAUGAGCAUACCACGAAAAUCAAAUUGAUGCCGCCAGGAGUGAGCUUCAAGACUUUCAAGUCUGUUGCUGAGCAGCUGAUCCGGCUGUCGCACGCCGAAUAUGCUAGUCAUGGCAGUAUAAAGACUAUUUCAACAGACGCCGACGCGGUAUAUCGAAUCGCAUGCUGUCUUCUUCCUCUAUCCAUUGGCCCUAAUCUCAGGGAAUGGGCAAUGAGUGCAUGCGCAAAGGCGAAGUCCCGUCGAGCUCUUGUGGAUUUAGUCAACAAAUAUAUUGAGAUCGACACCGUCGACAUCCACCGCAACACUGAGUGGAUUGCUAUGGUCAAGGACUUGGCUUUAAUAGACGAGUUUCCGCCGGCGAUUAUGCUCUAUGCAAAGAUCCUGACCUGGCGCGGCGAGAAUGAAGCAGCUGCGCAGCUCUUGGAAGAGAAGAUCUUGCCAUACAUCCGGCCUUCGCCAAGACGCCCGGACAACUUCUUCUACGAUCUAACAGUAGGAAACACCAUUGACUCGCCGUUGCGGCUAUAUGGGCUUGCCAUUGCCGCAACAAAGGGCAUCGAAGAUGUAUCAAAAGUGAUGGAACGCGCAGCACUGGAGUUCUACGAGCCCAUCGCAUUGACAGAGUUGGCCAUUACCAAACUGGAGCGUGACGAUCAUGAUCGGUACGAGGAGUUGAUGACCAUGGGGGCAGCAUCCGGGUACGGCAGGGCAGCCUUCUAUCUUGCCAAUUACUAUUUCCGCAUUUCACAGGGCGAAUUCCUCACUCGACAGGAGCGAGAAGAGGCGGUCAAGGUGGAGCCAACUGGGUUGGCGAAAAUACUUGAGCCUUUCACAUCAUGGCUUGAUUCAAUUGUCAACAAGCCUUGGUCUCGCAUGACAUACAGAGAACUAGCUAAGGAUUGGUACGCCGUUGCUGCGACUACGGGAAACCCAACUGCCGAACUCAUUUAUGCUUUGAUGAUGCGUGAAGAAUCACGGAUGGAACAUUCUCGUGAGCUCUUUGACCUGAUCAAGAAAGAAAGACUUCUGGCCGAGUUGCCCCCUAAAGCUAUUAAGGCGCUGGAGCAGGGUUGGAACAAUCCGGAGUUUGAGCCUGAAUACCCGAUCAAGUUCAUGCCUCUUGGCUGA